AUGUCACGCCAGAACAGGCAUCACCAGUCAUGUCGCGAGCUCCACGUCGUAGUGCUGGGCGCUGCCCAAUUCGUUCACAAUGAGUGGAUUGAGAGCUACGAUCCUACUAUUGAGGACACAUACCGGACGCAGUUGCAGGUUGACGGACGCCAAGUCGUCUUGGAAAUUCUUGACACUGCGGGCACAGAGCAGUUUGUUGCCAUGCGUGAUCUUUACAUGAAGUCCGGCCAAGGAUUCAUUUUGGUCUUCAGUAUCACCUCGUCCUCGUCGAUGACCGAGAUCGAGAUGCUGCGCGAGGAAAUCACUCGUAUCAAGGAUGAUGACAACGUCCCUAUCGUCAUUGUUGGCAACAAGGCCGACUUGGAAGAGCAGCGGUCUGUACCAAGACAAAGGGCUUUCGCAUGCUCACAAAUGUGGGAUGCGCCCUACUAUGAGACGAGCGCCAGGACCCGAACCAACGUCGAUGCUGUGUUCAUAGAUAUCUGUCGCCAACUUCUCAUGAAGGACGAGAAGUUCCAAAGCCAGGCCGCCCACGAAGACGAUGAGCACGACAACGAGAAGAAUCCCGGCCUUAUGGGAUUUGCCAAGCGGAAACAUCGGCGAAGGAGGCGUCCCGACGGCCACCGAUGCGUGAUUUUGUGA